UUAUCACAGACAUUGAGUACACAUCAAUUUAGUGCACGGAAUACACUCAAGGUUCAUAAUUUACUGUAUUCAGUAACCGAACAACGAAAUGCAUGAUUGACAGUUCACAUUCACCUUAAACACAUCAUUUGAUUUAUAGCACACGAGCCAAAUGGAGAUUAAGUGAGGUGUUAUCGUGCAGGAGCAUACACUGACUCGACUCAACUCAGCUGGACGUAUAGAGCACUUUCAAACAACCAUCGCUAUAUACAAAGUGCUGUACAUGGAGCAAAAUGUAAUUCAUACAACAAACUAUAAAACAAAAAUCACCGAACAUAGUCGAAAGCAAAAAAACAGUUAGCAGGGAACCUUUGCGCUUCAUCACAAUGUCAAUUGUCAAAUACAAUACAAUACAAUACAUGCUGAUUUAUAUCGCGCUUUCACAACAGCGGCAGCUUUUAAAUGUGCAAAUUAUUUCAAAAUUAUCUAUCUUUCUAUCAUCCAUCCAUCCAUCCAAUGUCUGGUUUAUCAUAAAAAGACGCAUUGUCUCGUUGAAAUAUCCAAAUCAAUUAUAAGUCCCCCACAUGACAUGCAUGCAGCAAAUAUGCCCACCAUUAUUAAUGUUGUUUUAAUGCUUUGUGGUGCGCUAUAGUCGGGGUUAUUUUUUUUUCGUUUCAUCUUAACUGUCGCCAUGUCAUUUUAAACCAUUUGCUUGUGUGUGUGUGUGUGUGUUUAAAAUCUGAAUUGAAGCAUUUUGAUUUUCAAACGCAUGUACACUGAUAAAGGAAAAUAUUUUGCAUUACUCAAUUUGUACUCAAAGGGUCGCUGUAGGUCAAUCCAACAGUCGGUGUGUAUUAUUCCGCUCCUUAUCCUCUCACUAGUGUCAGAGGAAAAGAGGCAGUGUGCAUCGUUUGGGCUGGCUUCGAGAAAAACGAACCCGCUCUCACUCGCUUGUUGUCUCAAACGGUAUGAAGCCAGCGUCAUUUUCUGCGUUGGCCCUUUUUUCUGAAUUACAAAGAUACGCCUCUUUUAUUGGGAUAAUUUUGUAGGGUAUUUGUUCUUUGUAUUUUACAAUGGCAAACGGAAAACCUCCCAGUACAGACGGCAGAAAAUGGCGCAUCGUCUGCUUGCAUCUGUCCUUUGUACUUUUUCUCAAUCCAACGGUUGACGGAAAUAUCAGAUAUUCAAUUCCGGAGGAGAUGAAGAAAGGCUCUGUGAUCGGAAACGUAGCACAAGACCUCGGGUUGGAUGUGAAGAGACUGUUGUCCGGACGAGCCCGCAUCGUGACGGGGGAGAGCGUCGAGUACACCAAGCUGCUGACAAACAAAGGGACUCUGGUGGUGAAUGAGAGGAUCGACCGAGAGCAGCUUUGUGGAGAUUUGACGCCGUGCAGUUUCAGUUUUGAGGUGAUAUUAGAAAAUCCCACGGAGCUCCAUCACGUAACUGUUGAAAUUACAGACAUAAACGACCACUCGCCGACGUUCAAAAGAAACGACAUUCGUUUUGAAAUCAGUGAAUCUGCAAAUACUGGCGCUCGAUUUUCUCUGACCAGUGCCGAGGACCAAGACGUAGGUCUCAACAGCCUGCGGGAAUAUUUUUUAACCGAUAAUGGCUAUUUUGUGCUGAAACAGCAUUCAAAUACGGAUGGCAAGAAAUAUGCGGAGAUGGUGCUUCAAAAGCCGUUGGACAGGGAGACGCUCCCCAGUUUGUCUUUAAAAUUAAUUGCAGUGGACGGCGGGAACCCACAAAGGUCUGGUACAGUCAAUAUUAAUAUUAUUGUUCUUGAUGUGAACGACAAUGCGCCCGUCUUCAACCAAUCCGUUUACAAAGCCGCCGUAAUGGAGAACGCUGCUUUCGGCAACUUCGUCGUCACUGUUAAUGCCACUGACGCAGACUUCGGGUCUAAUAGCCUUGUGACUUAUCAUUUUUCAGACAUGGACAGCAGCCUCCGCGAUGUGUUUGCCAUUGAUGAAAAAAGUGGUGUUAUUUCUGUUAAGGGCUCUAUUGAUUUUGAGAAAAAUAAAAAAUAUGAGAUGAGAAUAGACGCCAAGGACCAGGGUGGUUUGACGGACUCGUGUAAAGUAAUCGUUGACGUCACUGAUGUGAAUGACAACGCCCCCAUGAUGAGCGUCAUGUCCUUCACGAGUCCUGUGUCAGAGGACUCCUCCCCUGGGACAACUAUUGGCAUCAUUAACGUUAAAGACAUUGACUCGGCUGAAAACGGACAGGUGACGUGUAGAAUUGAGCAAAACGCACCUUUUAAAAUCAAAUCUAAUUUGAGAAAUUAUUACACGUUGUUAACAGAUGCGCCGUUAGAUCGUGAACGUGUGUCUGAAUAUAAUAUAACUGUUGUUGCCACAGACGCAGGACUUCCUACUCUGUGGACAAAAAAAUCUUUUAAUCUGAAAGUCUCUGACGUAAACGACAAUGCUCCGGUGUUUGCGCGUGCUGUAAACAGCGCAGUUAUCACAGAAAAUAACCCUCCUGGCGUUUCUAUUCUGACUAUGAAUGCUAAAGAUCCCGAUCAUAGUCAAAACGCUCGUGUUUCUUAUAUUUUAGAGGAUGCGAGAAUCGGUGGGGCUCCAGUGUCUGACUAUAUAUCUAUAAACGCAGAAAGUGGAGUGAUCCACGCAGCUCGCUCAUACGACUACGAGCAAAUCAAAGAGCUGAUAUUUAUUGUCAGGGCUCAAGAUGGAGGCUCCCCUGCCCUCAGCAGCAACGUAAGCGUCCGCAUCCUGAUUCAGGACCAGAACGACAACGCCCCUCAGAUCUUGUACCCGGUGCUGACGGGCGGCUCGCUGCUGGCCGAAAUGGUGCCUCGUUCUGCAGAUGUGGGCUUCCUGGUGACUAAAGUGGUGGCCGUGGACGUGGACUCUGGCCAGAACGCAUGGCUCUCCUUUAGAGUGCACAAAGCCACCGACAGGGCGCUGUUUGAAGUGGGCCUCCACAACGGAGAAAUCCGAACCGUCCGCCAAGUGACUGACAAAGAUGCUGUCAAACAAAGACUGACUGUUGUCGUGGAGGACAACGGGCGGCCCUCUCGCUCAGCGACAGUCAUUGUGAACGUGGUGGUGGCCGACAGCUUCCCUCAAGUGCUGUCAGAGUUCACUGACUUGAGCAUGCACGACAAGGAGUACAAUGACCAGUUGACUUUUUACUUAGUCUUGGCGCUGGCGGUGGUCUCCUUCCUCUUCAUCAUCUGCUUGCUGCUUAUCAUAUCGGUCAAAGUGUACCGAUGGAGACAGUCUCGUGUCCUGUACCACUCCAACCUGCCUGUCAUUCCGUAUUAUCCGCCUCGAUACUCGGAUACUUUGGGAACGGGGACUCUCCCGCACGUCUACAAUUAUGAGGUGUGCAGGACUAAUGACUCCAGAAAAAGUGACUGUAAAUUGGGCAGAGCUCCAAGUCACAACGUGAUGACAAUGGACCCCCACUUUACCGGGACCAUGCAAAAGUUGCACAUUGAAAAGAACAUCAUGGAUGAACCUGAUUCCCCUCUCGAGGUUAGACUUCAUUAUUUUCAAUACUGAUACUUUUUUUUCAGAAUGACAACUAUUUCAUGAUUUUAUCGUGUAAACCACCUCAAUUAAUUGAUUGGGUUGAAUCAGAGAACUGAUUUGGAAAUUCCAGGGUUUCAAAUUUAUUAGCCUACAUAAUGCUGUACUUGUAUGUGGUUUAGUAUGCCAUUAUUGUUUUUUUCCCACUGAACGUGAGCAGAGUAUGGAGAUCAAUUAAUCAGGUAAUUUCUGUCAGUCGUCUCAUCAUCCAUGAACAUAAGUGAGCUCUUUCAUAUCAUAGCAACAGUAUACAUGCUCAUGUCCUGGCAUUACUUGCAACAUGUGUGACACAUCUCAACUUAACUUUGUUUCUAUGCUUUGAAACAUGAGCUGUUCCUUUCCUUCUCCUUACUCUCAUCUAUACAUCAUUCCAUAAUAGCGUUUAAAUUGAGUUUCCAGGAUGAUGCAGCCAUCUACUCUUUGUAAUUCAGGCAGUCGAACGGGUUGAAGGCCAGUCCGGAGCCUCGGUAGACCUGAUGCGGGUGGUGGUGAUGUUGUGGGUGGUGUGUGGCUGUGCUGAGGACUGGCCGAUGUGGUGGUGCGGGCUUCUGGUUCCUGCGGGCACCACAUUGUUGACUCUUGUUCUCGAACCUUUUACACUUUUGGGUGUGUGGCAAAAUCUCAUUUGGUUAUUCGGUUCUUGAAGGGUACCCUUGAACUAAAUGUAAAUAUCUGUUUUCAUUUAAGGGCUGCUUGAUUGUGUAUUUUAUCUUAGAAAGAUAGAUUUGGGAGGGUCAUCUGCCCUGAUAAAUUUAAGAUGACUCGUGCUUUUGAGCUCCUGAAAAUUUACAUAUUUACCAAUUUUUAAAAUGAUAAGUAGCAUAUUUUUUGAAACCUCCUGCAAUAAAAUUGGAAGUGUAUACUUCAAUCAGUUUCAACGGCAACCUAUGGAAUGGUGUUUAAAUACAAAAAUCAUACAAACUCUCGUCUAUGUUCCAACACAAGCAGACCGAACGUUGAAUCCCUCUCGUUUCAGCACCAUGGAGAGAGACGUUUUUCCUUUUAAUCUGUUGUUACUCCCACUUGCUUUCCUCAGACGUCUGUAACUAUUAUGCAAUGUAUUACUUGCAUACUGUAUUACAAUUUCUAUGAGAAUACAACAUUUGUGAGUUCAUGAUUGUGUGCAAGAUUUGAAUAACAGGUGUUUAGGGGGUGGGCGCCCUGAAUAAACCUGACUCCUUUAGAGUAUAGAGCAUUAUACUAUAAAAUAUUUCCAUUGUUCUCUGGGAUAACGCGUUUGUAUUGCGACAUGCAUUUAAUUGCUGAACAGUAACUGCAAUCCCUCUUUUGGUCUCUAAGUGCCGCUGUAGGUCAAUGUUAGGGUAAUGGGGGGUGGCGGAGGGGGACAGAUUGAGGGUCUGCAUUAGUCCGUCUCACUUCGUGUCGCGUAAAGACGCCUCAACGGAACCGCUCCUUGUUCACCCACACAACUCGUGUUAUUUGAUUUGUGGAUCGAUUGAAAAA